AUGGAAUGGAGGGAGUGCUAUCUUGAUGUGAUUUUGGUGCCGUUAGGGCUAAUGGCGUAUGCAGCUUAUCAUGUUUACUUGUGGCACAAGUUACGUACAGAGCCUCUUACCACCAUCAUCGGCACUAACGCUAGAGCUCGCCGUUUCUGGGUCGCUUCCAUCAUCAAGGACAACGAGAAGAAGAACAUUUUGGCUGUUCAGACGCUGAGAAACUGCAUAAUGGGCUCGACUUUAAUGGCAACAACAUCAAUCCUCCUAUCAGCGGGCCUAGCUGCAGUUAUAAGCAGCACAUACGCAGUGAAGAAGCCUCUAAACGACGCUGUUUAUGGAGCUCACGGAGAGUUCAUGGUGGCUCUCAAGUAUGUCACAAUCCUCACCAUCUUCCUCUUCUCCUUCUUCUCUCACUCCCUCUCGAUUAGAUUCAUCAAUCAAGUCAACAUACUCAUCAACACACCUUUUCCUCCUGAGGAUCUGGAGGAGGAGAUGAUGAUGACGCCGGAGGAUUACGUGGCGGAGUUGCUGGAGAGAGGGUUUGUUCUGAAUACGGUGGGGAAUCGGCUGUUCUACGCGGCGUUGCCUUUGAUGCUUUGGAUAUUUGGACCGAUUCUUGUCUUCUUGUGUUCGGUCGUGAUGGUUCCUCUUCUUUAUAACCUCGAUUUCUUCUUCUUCGAAUUAGCUAUGGAGAACAUUCUAGCUACGGCUGAGAAAAAUGUGCUGGUAGACCUGGUGAAAAUAAUGCAGAAGCGAGGAUUAGAAGGACAAAAAGGAGGAUGGAAAGAUUUUCUAAAUGUUUACGACAAGCAGGCAGGAUCGAGCUUGAGUGAUCCUUCGAGGCGGUCCAAAGAUGUCUUGGUUGCUUUUCUUUCGACACUCAACAAGAAACAAGAUUUGCAGCUACUGGCUAGGGUUCUGAAACCCAACCCUUAUCUUGCUGAGGAAUUCAAACAGGAUUCUCUAGAUGAGACUGCUGAAGAGAGGCUAGUUAGAAUGACUAUGACGCAUGAUGAGUACUUUUUAGAUUAUUUGUUCCCAUCUAAUGCUGAGGAUUGGUUGGUAACGGGUAUUGGAAAGAAGAAGUCACAAGCCAUGAAAUCGACCAAAAUCGAAAUGGUUGCUAUUGAUUGUGAGAUGGUUCUUUGUGAAAAUGGGAGUGAAGCUGUUGUUAGAGUUGCUGCUGUUGACCGUGAUUUAAAGGUGAUUAUUAACGAAUUUGUGAAACCAGAUCAACCAGUUGUUGACUAUAGGACUGAUAUUACCGGACUUACAGCUGAGGAUCUCGAAAAUGCUACUACUUUACCUCUCGUAGAUAUUCAGAAAGACGGUGUACCUCACAAUUGUGUCGAUGACGCAGCAGCUGCUAUGAAACUUGUACUUGCUAUAGUAGAGAAAGGAGUAGAAACCUCCAUUCCAGUUACUAAAGAGAUAUUGGAAAGUGAGAAGUCGAGGCUAUACCUUCAUAGAAUCCCUCACAGUGUUCCAUCUGAAGAGUUGAUUGAAGUUAUUUCCAGAGAUUUCACUCCCAAAGUUAAGCUGUCGAAAAGACAAGGAAGUAGCUAUUAUAGUGCGAUUGCUGUUUUUAAUAGUCCAGCAGAAGCAAAUCAAGCUUUUGAAAACAUUACUGGAGACUUGGGAAAGGAUUCAGCGGGAUUGCCGCAAAAACAGGUUUUUCUAGAGGCAAACUCUGGCUCAGGAACUGGAUUAUAUUUCCACGUGCGUAAAUUGGUUGAAGGUGAUUCUGUUGAGGAAGUCUCUGCAACAAAGAGAAGUUAUCCAGACGAUAAGAAGACGAGUUGUAAGAGACAGAAGAGAGAGUGUGAUACUGAGUUAGAGACCAGAGAAGCAGAUGCUGGAGAAGAGAAGACAGAGGAGAAAACAGAGAAGCUACGUGAAGAUGAUGAUAUGAUAAAGGAAAUUGAAGAAUUGAAGCAGAAACUCAAAGAGAAAGAUGAGAUGAUUGAUUACCUAAAAAUGAAACUAAGGAAGAAGAAGAAGAAGUCUCGGUAA